UGAUAUUAUGAAAAGAGAAAAAAGCGAUUUAGUAGUUUGCAUAUCUUUGAAAUGGUUGAGUCCAUUAGUAAAUCGGUGGAAGAACAAGAAGAGAUUCGGUUCUCGUACAUUGGCCAAGUGAAUAGCGGAUAUGUGUUAGAAAAUGAAGCCGAAUCACAUCGACUCCGGGGCAUUGACGAUCCGGAAGACCGUCCGAAGCGAAUUCUAAAACUGAAACCGUCCAUAAAUUGGAAAGGACAACUGAAGAAACGCAUAUUUAUACUGUCAUGGAUACGAAAGUAUGACAAAGACACCGCUAUCGGUGAUCUAAUAGCCGGCAUAACAUUAGGAUUGACUAUCAUUCCGCAAGCAAUUGCUUACGCUGCUUUGGCGGGAUUACCAUCACAGUAUGGCUUAUAUUCGGCAUUUAUGGGUUCCUUAAUCUACGUAUUCUUUGGAACCAUUAAGGAAGUAUCAAUCGGGCCCACUUCAUUGAUGUCGCUACUUACAUUACAGUAUACAUUAGACAAACCACCGCAAUAUGCGAUAGUAUUAACAUUUCUAGCUGGUUGCAUUGAAUUAUUAAUGGGCAUCCUCAGAUUAGGAUUCGUCGUGGAUUUCAUAUCGGUACCGGUUACCAAUGCCUUUACUUCAGCAACAUCACUAAUCAUUAUAGGAGCACAGCUGAAAAAUCUCCUCGGAAUAAGUUACUCGUCGAAGGGUUUUGCUGACUCACUGUACAAUCUGAUUGUUUAUAUUGGUGAUAGCCAAUUGUGGGAUGGUGUACUGGGUCUGAUCUGUUGCGUUUUUCUGCUGCUAUUGAGGCAAUUGAAAGACGCAAAGCUCAAAUCGGAAACCAAUUGGGCCAAAGUAUUUAACAAAUUCAUUUGGUAUUUGAGUCAAGCGAGGAAUGUUUUGAUUGUUAUAAUCACAUCAUGUGUUGCAUAUCAAUGGGCAAUUGGGACUGCACCAUUUAAACUAUCUGGAAAUGUUGAACCUGGUAUUCCGAGCUUCUCAUUGCCUCCAUUUCAGUUCGAACACAAUAAUCAGACAAUCGGUUUCAUUCAAAUAUGCACGGACCUGGGAACUGGAAUCGCCGUUGUACCAUUGGUGGCUGUUCUAGCCAACGUAGCCAUCGCUAAGGCGUUCAGUACUGGAUCAACGGUUGACGCUACCCAGGAGAUGUUUACAUUGGGCAUAUGCAAUCUUCUUGGCUCCUGUGUAUCGUCGAUGCCGACUUGUGGAGCAUUUACAAGAUCAGCUGUAAGCCAUGCCAGCGGAGUAAGAACUCCGUUUGCUGGAAUUUAUUCGGCCACGAUCACGUUGCUAGCGUUGAGCUUAUUGACUCCGUAUUUUUACUUCAUUCCAAAAGCAACGUUAGCUGCAGUCCUAACCAUUGCUGUGAUGUUUAUGAUUGACUUCAAGCUGCCGCUGCAUUUGUGGCGAAAUUCAAAGCGUGAUUUUUGGGCCUGGUGUGGUUGUUUCAUUGUGUGUCUAGCUGUUGGUGUAGAAAUUGGUCUCUUGUUCGGAGUGGUGUUAAACGUAUUGCAUCUGUUGUACAUGUGGGCCAGGCCAGAGACUACCGUAAAAGCAGAGGACAUCGACAACAUGCAGUACAUCCAUGUGACCUUGAACAUUGGAAUGUUUUUCCCGGGUAUCGACCAUUUACGCCAAAUGGUAAACAAGGCAUUGUAUGCUGCUGACUUUAAGGUUCCCGUUGUUAUCGAAUGCAUCAAAAUCACCGGCUUGGAUUAUACAGCCGCACAAGGACUGUGUAGUUUAGCCAAAGAUUUGAAGGAGCACCGGCAAGUGUUGGUACUUCAAAAUUUGGACACAAAGCUGCAGAGUUAUAUUUCGUCGGAGAAUGUGAUCUUUUGUAGCAGAGAGGAAACAUUGAAGGAGAUCAUUACACAGGAAUCGAUCCGCAGUGGAUCGAUUAGUUUGAUGGCGCAUAUUAGGGCUUCCAUUGACUUGGGGUAUAAAGUUGACCCGUUGAUUGAUCACACCGAUGUAGAAAAUCAGAACUGAAUGAAUUGUGCUUAGUAAAUAACAAAUUACGGGCACUCCUAGUCAAAGCUGUUGUGUCAUUCAGUUCUCUUCGAGUUAUUUGAAUUUUAUUUUUUUGUUGUUCCUUGCUGUUUGCUUGGUAUGAAAAAUUUUGAUGUACAAGGGGUCAAUAACCUAGCCGUUUUGUAGAUGGUUUUCCGACCGAAAAAGAAAUUAAUUGCACAAUUGUUCCUGCCAAGCAACAUUAGGUUGAAUGUAAUCUAUUUGAAUGUUAUUUAUUGACAAUAUUAAAGAAACUAAAUCCAA